CACUGCGUUGAAUUUGACAACUCCUACGUCUUUUUUACGGACAAAAAAAAACAGCAACGUAUAGUGAAAAAUCGAAACCGAACAUUACACUAUUGCUAAGUUUUUCAGGAAAUUUCCUCCCUAUUGCAAUAUUUUCAUAUAAAUUGAGUGCAUCCUAAUGCACUAAACAGACGGCAUCGUGUUUCCCCCACAACCGAGGCAUGAAGGCAACAACCGUUCCGAUAGCCCUCUGGGCAACUGUGAUGCUUUUGUUUACACAAUUCACCGAUGGCCGAAGACAUCAUCUGGAAGUUCGAGACGACGUUCGACGAUACAUUCCACUGAGUACGUUCGGGUUUUACUCGGGGGGAAUUUUGGACGUUAAGGUGACCGGAUUCCGGGUUGAUCCGGGAUCGGAAGAUAGACUUUUCGGACUCUCACUGGAUAGGACCCUGUCGGAUGCGAUGAAUCCUUACUUGGAUACUCACCAGGAAAAUUGUAUUUUGCGCGAACCGAUUGGUUCGCUGCGAAGCGGACCGAUUGUGUUCUUCAGCAUGGAUCUUAAACAUGACGUGGUUCACUUGAACUGUUCGAGUGAGUGGCAGAAUGUUCACAUAUACAAGGACCGCAAGCAAAUUCCGGCGCUUCGUUCGAAGCGGCAAUCUUUCGCAAAGGUCAGCGACUCCAAAUCAAUGUAUAUGCAGCGCCGUAAACGGGAAGCUAUCGAUCCAUCCGGUUUGAAGUCUUCGGUGUGUCAUAAUUUUAAUUUGUCACUGACCUGUGAGAAAGUGGAUAUCUACAAAUACUGCAAAUUCAAUUUUGCCGUGUACGUGGCCAGCAAAUCCGACGAGGGUCUGUACAAUCUGUACUUCCACAGCUGUCCCAACUACGACCUGAACAAUCUGUACGCGCUCCAGUUCGAUGUGACCAUCGAGGAGAACAACAGCGGAAACUAUCUGUCGGCAGGGGAAAUGCCACUCCCGGCCCUCUACUUCAUGAUGUCACUGCUGUUCUUCCUGUCCGGACUGUUCUGGGUGUUUAUUUUGAAAAAGAGCAAACAUCCCGUCUUCAAAAUCCACUAUCUGAUGGCGGUGCUUGUGUUCCUGAAGUCUCUCUCGCUGAUGUUCCAUGCAAUCAACUAUCACUUCAUCGAAACCCAAGGAGAGCACGUGGAAGCGUGGGCCAUUCUGUAUUAUAUCACCCAUUUACUGAAGGGCGCCGUUCUGUUCAUUACGAUCGUUCUCAUCGGCACCGGUUGGACCUUCAUCAAGCACAUCCUGGCGGACAAGGACAAGAAGCUCUUUAUGAUUGUGAUCCCCCUGCAGGUGUUAGCCAAUGUGGCGGAGAUUAUUAUCGCCGAGAGCGAGGAGGGUGACAAAGAACACAGCACCUGGAGGGACAUUUUCAUUCUGGUUGAUUUGCUGUGCUGCGGAGCGAUUCUGUUCCCGGUGGUGUGGUCGAUUCGACACUUGCAGGAAGCGGCCGGAACCGAUGGGAAGGCGGCCAUCAACUUGCGCAAGCUGAAGCUGUUCCGGCAGUUCUACAUCAUGAUCGUGUGCUACAUUUACUUCACCCGGAUAAUCGUCUAUUUGUUGAAGAUAACAGUCGCGUUCCAGUACGCCUGGUUGGACGAGAUGUUUAAGGAGAUGGCAACGUACGUGUUCUUCGUGCUCACCGGGUACAAAUUCCGGCCGGUUUCGCAAAAUCCAUACUUUUCGAUGCACGCCAACGACGAUGAUGAUGACGACGAAGUGGAAAUUCUCACCCAAAGUGGCCUCACCGAGGGCAUCAGCAAGGUGACCAACCGCUCACAACCGCCAGCCACGAUGGUCCACGAGUCGAACGAAGAGGAACGCGAGAAUCUGAUAAGCAAGCGCGAAUCGUCCCAUGAAUAUGAUUAAGCUCACCCUUCUCCCAACUAUUUGACUUAGAAUUCAAACCAAUAACUCUAUUGUUACUUCAUACAUUAUACUCGGAAAGUACUGCCCACCGGGCAAUCGACUCACCGAACGAGGAAAAAGGAAACAGUUGAUCGACAUCGGUCGGCGGUAAUUUAUCUUGAUUUUCAGCAAAACGGCUUCCAAGCAACAUGCCUUUUCUGUGAUUUUUGCAAACACAUGCGUGCAAUUUGUGUUUUAAUGGAUCUUCUUUGCAGGGCGCAGCAAAUAAUUAAAACAAAAAACAUUAUCAGUUACAAAUUGAUUAACAUUUUUACGACCUUUCUUUUCAUGGUAAGAAACUUAGACUGACUUCGUUUAAUUCCUCGGUGUUUUUGAUUUUCAGCGUAGCAAGCAAGCAAAGAUAACAAGUAGAGUUAGUUAAUGACCAAAACAAA